CUGGCGGAGCGAGCUGACGGCGUCGCCCCGGGCAACAGCAAUGGCGGCCACGGCGGCCGGGCGGCUCUUCUCGCUGGAGCUGCUCGUGGACUGGGUGCGGCUGGAGACCGGGCUGUCGCCGUGCGCUGCGAGCCCCGCUGUGGCGUUUCGCCUGCUGGACUUCCCGCCGCUGCUCGUCUUCCCGCCGGCCGCUCCUGGCCCGGAGCCCCAGCGCGGCGCCAUCAGCUUCGGCCGCGGCAAGGCCUGCCUACUGCGCCUGCACCCGGCCGCCCUGCGGCGCCCGCGCCUGCGCGCAGCCCUGCUGCAACUGCCCGCGGGCCCGACCUCUGCGCCCCGCCUGGUGGGGGCUUGCGACGUCCUGCUGGUCCCCUCCCUGGGCCAGCGAGGUGUAUUCGCCCUGCGCGGGCCAGAGGCCGAGCGUGUCGGGGAGUUGGCGCUCUUCUAUCGCCUGACCGAACUGGGACGCUUUCCCCCGGGGGUUCCGCAGCUGCGAGGCCUGCUGAGCCCUGCUUGUAUCAUGGGCUCCGAAGCCCUGGAGGUGUCAGAGCCACGAACCAAGGAGACCUCGAAGCCAUGCACCAAAGACACCUCUGCCAGAUGUCUACAGUGUGUUUCAAAUGCACGCCUUCUGGAGGCCUCAGAGCCAUGUGCCAAGGAUACCAACAGCUGGUCUGCAGGAGACUCAGACGCCUCAGCUGUCCAGAAGUCCUGGGAAGAAGCAGUCUUACACAGUAAGGCUAGCUCUGGGGACAUGGCUUCUGCCCCUUGUUCACCCGCUCCCAGUGGGAGAACUGUCAGUUCUGUCAGUCAGGAGGUCACAGAACUGGAUUUUGAAACCAACACAUUUUGCCCUCCUCCUCUGUAUUACACUCACCUGACUCAGGAAAAGACUCCUUCUGCCAGGGUUGAAAUCACUAUUGAGCCUCAGAGAAACGAACCUGAGGAUCUAGAUGACAUUUUCCCCGAAACAAAACUCGUAAGUCCUCCCUUAAAGCCAGCGAAACAUACAAGAUCUGCAGUGCAGGAGAGCCCUCCGGUGCUUCCAAAUCUUCCACAGACUCAGGGUCCAGGAGAAGCGAACGAAGCUCCGAGUCCUUCUCAGAUUGAACAAAGUCCAGUCAAUGCAAUAAGACAGCUGCCACUAUUGAAUGCUUUAUUGAUUGAGUUGUCCUUGCUGUGCAACCAGCCCAUGGCAAGUCCCACCCAGGUGCAUCCUCAUUUAGCCUGGUUGUACAGAGGUGAACACAAGGGGCCAGACCCUUCCACCAAGUCCACAUCCCCGUCGGAAUCAAAGAGCAACAAGCUUUCUGUGCGAGAAAAUGAAAAGUUGGUGAAUCCCCAGUCUAAAAAGAACCCUAAAGGUCAUCCAAAGAUCAGUGGCAGCCCUCCACCAAAGGUUACAAAGGGGAGGCUGCUGUAUGGCUUAACAAAUACACUGAGACUGCGUUUACAGCAGACAAACCCCAACAUGCUGGUUGUACACGAAAAGAGAGAACAGUACAGGAGGUCACAGAUACAAGCUGUGGGGCCAAAGUUGCGAAUCCCCUCCUGGAAAGGGAAGGUGUCAAGCUUGGCAGCAGAAAGCCAGAUGUCACCACAGCUGCCUGCGGAUACACCAACAGACUCUAAUGGGAAACUACCAAGCUUGGCAGUUCAAAACCAGUUGCUACCACAGCUGCCUGGGGAUGAAUCUUUAGACUCCAAUGGGUCUUUUGUUGAAGGUAGUGAUACUUCAAUGCAAAUCAGCGCAGGCUUUGAUGAGUCAAGCACAACUAAAGAAGUGAAACAGAGCCAUGCCAUGAAACAAGAAAUGGUUGACCAGAGUGAAAACAGAACGGUUGUCACUGCUCUGAGAGCACCCGUGAGCCCUGCAGGCUCUGUCACCACAGAAAGAUCUCAAUCAAAUAGUUUCGGAGGAAACUGGAAAAAGAAAGUCCCAAGCCCAGGGCUUUCCCUACAGGAACCUACCGUUGACAAAACUGUGAAUGAGGGGAAAGAUAGUAGGCAAGUCAAAGCCAUAAGUGCUGCUGAUACAAGUGAAAAUAGACCAACCAGUAGAAAAAGUUCAUGCGAGAGCAUCUCAGAGCUACUGUAUCUGGAUGGGUUCACCAGCCCUUGUUAUUCUGAAGAUUUCUGCACAACUGAGAAUAACAGCAGAAGUCUGCCGGCUCCCGACAGCAGCACAGGGGCAGAACAUGUGCAAAAGGGUUCACGGGCAAGCAAGUCAAGUGAGGCAAGGCUGUCCACAAGGAAAAACAGCAGUGAAGCGAGUUCUGUGCUCACCCCUCCCUUUUCUGCUGGCUCACCAGUGUGUUCUCAUAAAAGAUCCCGUGUACUGAAGAUUCGUGAUAGUCUGGAGGAAGCAGCCAGUCUCUCUACCAGUGACUUUUCAUCACAGUGGACAAAUGAAAAGGAAAACCAGGCAGAUCCAGGUAGUUCAAAGGUCACGAGGAAAGGACGGGACAGCUCCACUAAACUUAAAGUAAGAGCUGGUCACAAGUCAUCUGAGAAGAGCCAGUCACCAAGGACAUCUCAAGUGAGUUCUUACGAGCCAUCAAAUUUGUCUGAGCUAGAACUCAAGGCCAUAGAUGACAGUGACUCAGCUGAUUUCCAAGAAGAGGAAGAUGGCCUUGGCUCAUUACGCAUCUCCAGACAGUGCAAAGACAUCUGUGAGUUAGUAAUAAAUAAACUUCCAGGAUACACAGUGUGAAAGUAACCUAUUUUCAAAAACUAGUUCUAUAGCUACUGGGUGCUGAUACUGAAGAGUUGUAAUAACUCACACAUAACCUUAGUAUGUAUGUGAUAGUUCUUAAGAAAUGUAAAUAGUUCAAAAUUGAUGUUUCUUACCCUACAAACUGAUUGUACUCUGAAGUCACUGUUAGGCUUAGGAGUGAUUCCUUUGUAAAAUGCUUAAGAUGAAAUGUCUAUACUCUCCGAUCAUAUCUGUCUUGAAGAAAAGAUUAUUCUAAAGUUGGCAUUUCAUGUACCAUUGUAAAAAGAAGGGCUUGCUAAUAAGUUUAGCACCAGUUCUUAAUGGGAAUAAAUCUUGCAACAGAUGGAUAUGUUAGAGCUUGAGAUGCCGAAAUGUAUUUGUGAUCUACCCCUGCCGCUAAGAGCUUUUGGUUUACAGAUUUUCAUAACAUUCUGAUCUUUUAUUACUUACUCUCCCUUUUCUCUUACUUGAUGAACACUUAUUUGAGCUUAUGUUUUUUGAUAAGAGGAUCUGUCCUGUUUUACACACCAAUAUUAUUUUGGUUUUUAUGAAGUUGCUGAACAAAUGCCUUAGCAUUUAAAACACCUACCAUAGGCUGUAGCACUAACACUAACAAGAAGGAUGGAAACUUCCUAAUGGAGACAUGUUUGAGUAGUGCUUUACUAUUGCUGAGUAUAAACAGCUUUCAAGUGUUCUCAGGGUUAGGGUUUAGAGAGAACAAAAUGAGGCUUUAUCCUCAUGUAUUUCCACAAAUAGGAGUUUGAUUUAUGGUUGAAUACUUCCGUGUAUUUAAUAAACACUUGUGUUUUCA